GUCAAAGAAAUCACCAUAAAAAGAGUUAAAAAUGCCAGAAUAUGCUCCUUUGCCUUCGAAUGAAUUGAUCAAGUCGGUGCACACUUUCGAGUUUUUGCAGUCUUCGCUCAAGUCACCAACGGCCACUGUCACGUCAAUGUUCAUCUUGACAUUCAAGAUCAGCUCUAAACAGAUUGUCAAUGGAUGGGAUCAAAAAGACUCCAAAGUUACAAAAAUUGAUUUGGAAGAGGCUCAGAGGAUUUCAAAGAUAAGUGUUGGAUUGAUAGAAAAUUCAUUAGCGUUAUCAAAAGAACCUGAGUUAAUCAGAUUAAGAUUUGAACUUACAAAAGAGUUGUUUAUAUUACCUGAUUUAGAAAGAGAUGUUGGUAUUGUGGUUAUAAUUGAAAAGGUGAGCAGCUAGAGACUAGGUGUUUUUUGAUGUUGCUGUGAUAGAUUCUAUAGACCUCCUGAGUUUAUUGCUAUGUCUAAUAUGUGGCAUGAGAGAAGAAAGUGCAACAUGAAUAUCAGAAUAGAUAUAUGAAUGGCGCUGUUGAAUAUUGUUGCUUGAUUUCUCUCUGCUCAAUUUACUGUUGCUUGAUCCUUGGAUUUGAAACAAAAAUCUGGAAAGUUGAGAGGCUUCAUAAAUGAAUUGAAUUUUUCAUAUUCUAAUAGGUAUGUUGCUGGAACUAGGAUUGGAUUUAGUUCUUAUAAACUACUAGCAACUGACAUUUAACUUGAUCUGGAGCUCAAAUCACUUGAAACUUGAAACUUCCCACUUGUGCUUUAAACAAUACGCAUUAGCUACGAGGGAUUAAAAUUGUUAGCACAUUAGUUAUUUAUUGAAAAUAAUAAACGC